UGUUGGCGUCCGAGGAGAGCCUUCAAUUUCAAAAAGACAGAACCAAACAAAGCAGCUACAAAGUUGGUGUUACUGUUAUUGUUGUGAGUGUUUGUUUGUGUGAGCCUCCAAGAGGUCCCUCUUUGGAGCCUAUGGUUGCUCUCUCUUCCUUGAGUUCAACCACUGCUCCAACGGCCUCUUUCACUCUCCUCCUUCUCUCUCCUCUUUUCCACUUUUUGACCUUUCUCUUUGCAAUCGGUGAGUCCUCUGUGCCGUGCUUGGAUCUGGGGUUGUUUGGUUUCUCGUGGACUCUGAUGGGUCUGUAUUGUUUUCGCUUAUUCUGUUCUUUCUGCGCUGUUUUACCUUCUGGGGCUGCGUUUUUUUCGUUUUGGAGUUUAUGAGGAUCGUGUGGGUGUCUGUUAUGGAGGUGAUUCAGAUCAAGUGAUUUGGAAAAGGGAGAAUAGUGGUCCCGAGUUCUGACUGGUUCAGAUUCAUGCUAUCGUCUGCCAUACGUUGUGUGUUUUCUUUGUCAAAUAUAAACUCGGUUAAGUUUCCUAAAAAAUUUUGACUCUGAAAUGGAGUGUUUUGGUUUGUAAGUGAGAAAAAUCAAAGGUUGACGUUUGUGUUUUAUUUUGCCAAAGAGGUUAGUUCUGUCUCAGGAAGAGCAAAUUUGAACUAUUCAACAAGAGUUCUUUUGGGUAAGCAAAUUGAAUAGUUACCUAUAUUUCUCGGUUUGUUGAGGAGGGAGGAGGAAAUUGGUAUGGCUGUUGCCAAGAGCGACAGCAACAGUGAACCUUGUACUUCAUACAAUUGUUACAAAGUUGCAGCCUUGACUGAGACCAUAUUAGAGACAAGUCAAGUCUCUAAUCUAAAAGAUCGGUACGUUCUCGGCGAGCAAUUGGGUUGGGGACAGUUUGGUGUCAUAAGGGCAUGUUCUGACAAGUUAACAGGAGAGGUUUUGGCCUGCAAAUCAAUUGCUAAAGACAGGUUGGUUACUUCGGAUGAUUUGAGGAGUGUAAAACUUGAGAUAGAGAUAAUGGCUAGGCUAUCCGGUCACCCCAAUGUUGUGGAUCUCAAAGCAGUUUAUGAAGAGGAAGGCUUUGUUCACUUGGUGAUGGAACUUUGUGCUGGAGGAGAGCUUUUUCAUCGAUUAGAGAAGCAUGGAUGGUUUUCAGAAUCUGAAGCCAGGGUUAUCUUCAGGCACCUUAUGCAGGUGGUUUUGUAUUGUCAUGAAAACGGGGUUGUUCAUAGAGAUUUGAAGCCCGAGAACAUUCUCUUAGCAACAAGAUCCUCCUCAUCUCCUAUUAAAUUGGCAGAUUUUGGACUAGCAACCUACAUCAAGCCUGGUCAAAGUUUGCACGGUUUAGUUGGGAGUCCUUUCUACAUAGCUCCAGAGGUAUUAGCUGGUGCUUAUAACCAGGCUGCUGAUGUGUGGAGUGCAGGUGUAAUUCUUUACAUUCUGUUGAGUGGGACGCCUCCGUUUUGGGGGAAGACUAAAUCUCGGAUUUUUGAAGCUGUUAAAGCUGCUUCCCUCAAGUUUCCAUUGGAACCUUGGGAUCGCAUUUCUGAAUCAGCUAAGGAUUUGAUCAAGGGAAUGCUGUGUACAGACCCUUCUCGAAGACUCACUGCCCAAGAGGUUUUAGAUCAUUGCUGGAUGGAAAGCAACCAAACAAAUCAAGAACAACUUGGUGAAAAUCAAAUCCAAAGUUGCAAACAAUGGGAUGUUGGUGGCAGCUCAUUCUCAGCUUCUUUCAUGUCCAGGAAUCAGGACAUUAGCUUUGGCGCCGGCUCUCCUACUUGUGAUGCUCAAUCCCCUACUUUCACAUGCAGAUCAUCAUUUUCUUCUUUUUUGGAAGAACCAGUCACACCAUGUGUGCUAUCUGCCGGGUUUUCAUUCAAGAGUGUAGGCGAUUCCUCUGGUUUGGAAUUCUCUUCUCCAAUUCCCUCGAUGCUUAGCUUUUCAUUCCUCAGUCCCUCUCCUGUCGUUGAACACAAGAGUUGUAAAUUAGAGUGUUCAGCUAACAUGUCAGAUGUAGAUGCAAUUGCUGGAGAAGCUAGCUUGGGAAAGUUACUUUUGCUACAAGAUUCUCAUCUUUGCAUUGAACACGAUGCUAAAGAAACGUAUCGCAAGCCUGCUGAGGCUAAAAGGUCAAUUGGAAUGAAUGGACACAAGGUACUGGGAAUCCACAGCAAGAGAAACAGGACAAUUGGACUUGGUGAGUGUGAGCAACUUGACUUUGUAGUGACUGAAUCAGUCAUCCGUUGGUCAUCCUGCACUCAACUACCAACAUCUUUGAGAUCAUCUCUCGUUUGCUAAGCGAAUAGAAGGAAUCGGACUGCUUCAUGCUGUGCCAAGUAUCAGCAUAAACCGCAAGUUUUGCUCGGCUAACGUUUUGUACAUGUUUUCCUUAUUAUCUGCGUUGUUGUUCAUGUUAACUAUCUUCUGGCUGGUGCAAGGUUUUCUUUAGAUUUUGGUAGUGGCUUAAUGGUGUGUCUGAUUGAGAAAUGAUGCUAUAGUAAAAGCUGUUCGCUUGUUUUUCUCCUUCUCCCUUCCCUUGCUAUGUGCCUGAGUGAGAAAAAGUCAAAGGCAUUCAUUCAGCUGUUUUGUAAAUGAAGUUGAUCUUGAUGUAUGCUCCAGUUUUCUUAAUCUGAUGUAUUCCAAGUCAACUUGAUGUA